UUCCUCUCCCUCAUCCCCUCGCCUCACCUCCCCAUUCCCCUUCUCCCUCCCGUCUUCUCUCAGUUCCGGUGGCCAAUCCCCCCUGAUCCCACCCUCCGCUCCUUCGCAGAACCUUCCGCUCCCAACCUCUACAAAACCACCAAAACCCCAACUUGCCCUCUCCCACCUCCCCCGCCGCCAUGGGCUCCUCCUCCUACCUCCCCCACGACAUGGAUUUCCCCUCCUACCUCCCCGCCGACACGGGCUCCCCCGGCUCCGGCGACCCCUCCCUCAACCUCUACCUAUCCGACCUCAUCCCCGGCUCGCCCUCCGCCUACCUCGACCUCCCCCCGACCCCGCACCACGAGCAGGAGCAGCAAGAACCCUCCCCUGACGGCCACGACGCCGCCGCCGGCGGCGGCGGCGGCGGCGGCGACUCCCCCUCCUCCACGCCGGAGGACCUCGUGCUGCCCUUCAUCUCCCGCAUACUCAUGGAAGAGGACAUCGACGACAAGUUCUUCUACGACUUCCCCGACAACCCCGCGCUCCUCGAGGCGCAGCAGCCCUUCCUCGAGAUCCUCUCCGAUCCCUCCUCCAACUCCACCUCCGACGACAGCAACAACCGCGCCGUCUCCCCGUGCUCCCCCUCCGACGCCUCCGUCGGCACCGCCGCCCAGCUGCCCCCCACGCCCGCCGCCGUUGACUCCUACGACCGCUUCCGGUACGAGCCCGUCGACCUCGAUCCCGCCGCCUUCUUCGGCGGCGGCGCCAACUCCGACCUCAUGAGCUCCGCCUUCCUCAAGGGGAUGCAGGAGGCAAACAAGUUCCUGCCCAGUCAGGACAAGCUCGUCAUCGACCUCGAGGCCUCCUCUGGCCAGUUCUUCAAGGGCGUCGAGGAGGGCAACAAGUUCCUGCCCAGGGAGGACAAGCUCGUUGCUGGAUUCAAUGGCCACGCAGCUCCUGCGUCGGCGCCGGCUGUGCUCAGCGUAAAAAAGGAGGAGGCGGUGGAUUCGGUCUCGGCCAACUCUGGUGGCGGCCGAGGUCGGAAGAACCCCUACCAUGAUGACGAGCUGGAGCAGGAGGGUGGCAGGAGCAGCAAGCAGAGUGCGCUGGGAGACGACGUCUCUGCACGGGAGAUGUUCGACAGGAUGCUGAUGCCCUCAGACGAGAUGUGCAUCGUGCAGAUGGAGAACCUGCGGAUCGCCAUGCAGGAGGCGGUGGCAAAGAAUGAUGGCGGCGGCGGGAAGGGGGGCAACGGCAAGGGGAGGGGCCGGCGUGGUGGUUCCGAUGUGGUGGACCUGCGCACGCUGCUCAUCCAUUGCGCGCAGGCUGUUGCCACGGAUGACCGCCGGAGCGCUACAGAGCUGCUGAAGCAGAUCAAGCUGCAUGCUCGCCCUGAUGGCGAUGGGACUCAGCGCCUCGCGCAUUGCUUUGCAGAGGGCCUGCAGGCGCGGAUGGCGGGCACAGGUGGCCUCGUACACCAGUCGCUCAUGGCAACACGCAUCUCAGCUGUGGACAUGCUCAAAGCUUACCAGCUGUACAUGGCAGCCAUCUGUUUCAAGAAGGUGUUUUUCCUAUUCUCAAAUAGUACAAUCUAUAAUGCCUCCCUGGGGAAGAAGAAGAUACAUAUCAUCGAUUAUGGUAUACAAUAUGGGUUCCAGUGGCCGUGCUUUCUGCGACGGAUAUCACAAAGGCCUGGAGGGCCGCCAAAUGUUAGGAUCACUGGUAUCGAUCUCCCCCAGCCUGGGUUCCGGCCAACAGAGCGGAUUGAGGAGACAGGGCGCAGGCUCAAGAAGUAUGCCCAUGAGUUUAAUGUGCCGUUCCAGUACCGCGUCAUCGCGAGGGCAAAGUUGGAGUCGCUCCGCAAAGAGGAUUUGGACAUUGAUCCUGAUGAGGUACUCAUUGUUAACUCCUUGCUUCAAUUCAAGAACUUGAUGGACGAGAGCGUUGUGCUUGAGAGCCCAAGGGAUGUUGUGCUCAAGAACAUCAGGAAGAUGCGGCCCCACACAUUCAUCCAUGCAAUUGUGAAUGGCUCAUUCAGUGCCCCAUUCUUCGUGACACGGUUUCGGGAGGUUCUGUUCUUCUACUCGGCCCUUUUUGAUGUUCUGGACACAACCACCCCAAGGGAUAACGAACAGAGGAUGCUGAUUGAGCAGAACAUCCUUGGGCGUGCUGCCCUGAAUGUCAUUGCCUGUGAGGGUACAGAUAGGGUGGAGCGUCCUGAGACGUAUAAGCAAUGGCAGGUAAGGAAUCAACGGGCAGGUUUGAAGCUGUUGCCAUUGAAUCCAGAAGUCAUUGGGCUAGCAAGAGACAAGGUCAAGAACUGCUACCACAAGGACUUUGUGAUUGAUGUAGAUCAGCAGUGGCUCUUGCAAGGAUGGAAAGGGCGCAUCCUCUAUGCCAUCUCGACAUGGACGGCAAAUGAUGCUAGCUCAUAAAUUUUAGCUAGCAUUUUCACUUGACAAUGCUUAUAGCUCUAGUUAUGUCAAUAUAAUGUCUGUGUGUUGUGUAUGGACCAUGGUCUAGUUAAGUAGCCUUGGAUCAGUGGAUGCAGUUUCUUGAGGUCAUAAGAGAGAUGGGUAGCCCAAGAUAUAUGCAUAUGGUUUUAUGUGAUGUGAAUUAGAUGUUGCUGCAGUCAUGUUGCUGCCUAAUGCCUAGCUUUGUAGGGUUUAGACUUGGGUGUCCUGAUCUGGAUGGAUGUUGUUUGCUGAAUUCUGGUAUGUGCCUGCGAUCAAUCCAGCCAGUUGAUCAGGUUGUAAUUGACACUAGUCACUGUGUUGUGGGUGCGUGCUGCACUGUGGCAGGCAGUAACAUUUGUAUGAAAAACUUGAUGAACCUCGUUUUGGCUAGUCUAUUAUGUUUUUUACCA